AUCUUAUUUCUAGAUAAUUUUAACAUGGGUGGUGUCGCAGAUUUCAUUGCAAGUUUCCAUAAUUUAGAAGGUGAUUUAAUAGGCGAAAGAAAAAAGAAUUUGUACAAACUAUUGAAGAAACCGUCCUUAUUUUCAAACGAGCAAGAAAUAAAUGAGGCCUUACAAAAAUUAGUUCCUGAAACUUAUCAAGAAAGUGUUUUUUAUUUAGAAGCAUUAAUAUAUUUCAAAAGGACCGAAAAAUUCCUGGAAAUUUUAAAGGGCGGAAAUCAGUUGUUUGCUACCAAGAUUCUCAAGCAACCAUGGUUUUUUGAACAAGCUUUUAAAAACAUCGAAGCAGGCGAAUUGGUCAAUGAGUUUUUGCCAUAUUUUUCAUAUGUUGUUCGCAAAAAGUUGCUUAGUAGAAUUGCAAAAUGUUGGGAAGAAAAGAAGAUGGAUGAGUUAUUUAAUGCAUUGGACAAAUGUUAUGGUCUUACAGAGGCGGUCGAUAUUUUGCAUAAAUGUUCUCCUGGCAAAAUAAUAUCAGUUCUUGAAGAAAAUGAGAUCAAACUGCGACCAAAUCAAGUCAUACAAUUAUGCUCAAAAGGUGAUGAAAUUUUCAAGAUUUACUUAAAUCAUUUUAAAAAGAACACUAAAGCUAUAUAUGCAGAACAGAAAGUAAUAAAUUUCAUAGCUUUAAAUAAACCAAAAUUGCUUAUAGAAUUAGAGAAAAAUGAAACUAUUAUUGUGAAUACUAUAGGAAGAAGGACCACAAAGACCAUAAUGAAGACUUCUAAAGAUGAAAUAUCUACCGACAUUAAACGAUAUACUAAUUUUUUGAAUAAACAUGUUGUUGUAAAAAAAUGUUCCCCAGAUUUUAAAACUGUUUAUAAAACAGUAUUUCCUGAUAAAUUUAAUGAUGUGAAUUGGGAUAACUGUGAUCUGAUAUACUACUACCCAAAAAAUAGAAGAUGGAAUUUGUUUGUUGGCACCUUCUUGGAUAAGUUUCCACGCAAAUCAGUGACUGAUAUCCUUCCGUCAUUCGAUGAUGACUCGAUAAAAAAAAUUGAACCUCCCAAAGAUGUUAUCCAACAGUGGGCUAAAAUUCUAUAUGAAACAAGUCCAAGUCAACACAACUACCUCAAGUAUUAUCCAACCACUGACGCCAUUAGAAUUAUUAAAGAGAAAAUAUCUGUUACUUCUGAUAAGUAUAAACGGCGUACAUUGGUGGAAUUGUUGUUGGAAACGUGCGCAGAUAAUAAAGAUAUGGAUUUACUUGAAGAGGUAUUAAAAUAUAUUUCAGAAAGACACAAAAAUGAAGAUCCCUAUUUUAGAAACAACCUAUUAGAAAAGAUUGGUAGUCUUUUUGAUUUAAAAGAAUUAAAGGGAACCCACUGGAAAUAUAUACAUGAGCAAAUCCGAAUUCUUAAGCUUCAAGAAGAGUUGUUCUUGUAUGUGGCAUACAAGGUGAUUAUGAAGCACCUAGAAUUUUUAUUGAAAACUAAAAAAGACUACAAAUUAAUUUUCGGCUUUUAUAUGGACGAUUUAUUAGGCGAAGAGUCUUAUACUACUUUUAAAUUGGAAGAUUCUGCUGUCGAAAAAGAAAUAUAUUGUGGAAUGAGCAAAGUUUUUCCAGAUAUUGUUAAAAAAGAUGACGAAAACUACGUAAAUGACGUUAUUAGUCUAAUUUCAAAAUUAAUUUCAUUUAGCUUGCAAAACAAAGAGUUUUGUAUAGAGUUAAAAAAUUACCCGUAUCUUGUUGAACAAAUUAUAAAAUGUUUUAAGAACGACGAGGAAAUUGAACAGAAUGAACAAGAAAUUAUAGUGAAAACGAUUAUUUAUAACGAAACUUUUCCUCAAUACGCUGUAGAUAUUGAUGACUCAAUGAUUUUGGAAACAUUUUCAUAUAUAACAAAAGAACAUGAUACAAGUAUUUGGUGGUUUAAGGAUGUUUUAGUAAAAUUUGUUAAUACGAAAGAUCGUUCUGAUUUAGGAAAUAAAUUAUUGAAGAUGUAUAUGGAGGGAAAUGAAAAAUCUCUCGACGGUCACAUCAUACCUUGGUUACUUAAAAACGACCCAAAAACCUUGGAUACGUAUUUGGAUAUAAUUUUAAACAAUAUUACUUCGGAAGAUGGGUAUUUUUUAGACGCCAAGAUAUUGAAACAAUAUUCGCAUCUCGAUUUGGAUAGGAAAGUGGGAGAUUCUUACAAAAAAUAUUUAGAAACAAUCGACAAAACUGAAGAUAGUAUUAUUAGUAAAUUGCUGGAAGGUUUACUGGAAUUACUUCCUACUGAAGAAUUCAUAAAGAUCGUCGAAGAAAACUAUUUACCUAAAAAAGAUAAGUUAGAUUUGGAAGACGAAGAGAUGCGCGAAUUGUACAAAAUCCAAACCGAUUUGGCUAAAAAAUUAGCUAAGAUCGCAGAACCAUUCAAAAUGUUACCUACAAUUAUGAAGUUUUGUAAAGGCGAUUUUUUACCAAUAUCUUUAGCAGCUCUGUAUAGCGCUUUUUAUAAGUCGCCUCAAAGAAUUUUAUAUCCUUUUAUAGAACGACUGAGUAAACAAGCUGUUUCUGCAAGAAAACAUGCCAUAUUCCUAAGCUGCGCUGUUUUAGAUAAAGAACACACUAUUAACUUCUUGAUGACCAGGAACGAACACAACGUCUCUAGUCAAAAAUAUAUGUUCUCAGCAACUUUGAAAUAUUUCGUCAAGAACCCUUCUCAAGAGUUAUUGGAUAAAGUUAUCGAAAAUAUGAGUACGAUCGAUAAAAACGAUACAGAAACUUUAGAUAGUUUGAACAGCGUUCACAUUCCAACGAAAUACAGACAUACAUAUAUCGAAAAGUGUUGGAAAUGUUUUGAAAACUUACAAUCAUUAUCCGGGAUCAAAGUGAAAGAAUAUCUCGAAAAAUUACUAGAUUACAUGUGUAAAGAGAUAUUGGUAACUUUAUCGAAAGAAUUCGUUUUUUACAUUUUAAACCGUUACUUUCCUCUGCAAGGCAACGAAAGAUUCUUAAGAGUUAAUAAUUUUGCUAUUGCAGUUUUAAAAAAUCGAAAAAUAGAACGUGAAGAAUAUUUCAAACUCGUAUUCGGCAUUGUUUCAACAUUUAAGAGACAUUUGAGAUACGAAUUUUUCAAAACGUUCAUAAACAAUGUCCAUCACGAUGACAUUGAUAAAGAUUUUAUUCGUUUGUUUUCUAAUAACUGGACGAAAUAUUUCACUAUAAUUCAAACCCUACAAGAACACAUUAGAAUGAAGUUAUUAUUAUUAAGAGUAGACAAUCCUGAUAUCGAAAAAUAUGCAGUUACUGUUGUCGACUACUUGGAUCAAUUAAUUUCCGAUUUGAGUUAUCUGGUGAUUUCUACGUUUAAAGAAGAACUGGUUGGUACAUUGCAACCGUUGGAUAUGAAAGAUAAAUUGCAUUUUUACCGAGCUGUUUUAAAACACAAACAAAAUUCAACUACUUGCAUUAUGAUUAUUCAAAUUAUUGACAAUAUGGAUGAAAAUGAUGAUUACGAAGAUGAGGAUAUAAAGCAAGUUUAUAACGAUAUUAAAGCUAUUUUGCAAACAGUAAAUGAACCCGUUGUAAUAGCUUGCUAUAAAUCGAAAUUAGCUGAUACAAAUUGAGAAUUGAUAUUGAUAACUGCAGUGUUAGAAACCAAACCGAAUUGACAAACUCUUUAUUAAAUCUGAUUAAAUACCUAAAGAUGUGUGAUAUUUCAAACUGGUGCUUAUUUAUAUACAGAUCCAUCCACUGCAUUACGAAAAUUCUAAACAUGAAAUCCAAUAAUAAUAAUAAUAUUUAUUAGGCUUUGAUACAUAUAUAGGGGGGGGGUUAUGAUUGACAACCUGUGUUAAUUAUAACAGGUCUGUUAUUUCAUAAACACACAGAAAUAACAACCUGUUUACCAAUAAAGUGUCUGUUAAAAAUAACAUUACUUGUCGAUCAUAACCCCGAUAUUUAAAAUAUUUUAAAAAGGUUAAAAAAUAUAUAAACAUAUAAGACCUAUUAACACAUACAAUUUUAAAAAGUAGAGACAAUUGAGUUUAAAAUAAAAUAAAAAAAACUAGUAUAGGUACAACCCAGACAGCACACCAAAUCCUUUGGAGAUCCACUGAAUGUCCAGUCCAUGGUAGAUAUCUAUUUUAUAUCCAUGAGCAUAGGCGCCGAAUUCCCGGGGCUCUGGGUGUGCAAGCACCCAGAGCAAUUUUAAACAGGGUGCGGAGCACCCAUAGCACAACGAGGAUAAAAAGUGUCAAUAAGUGAAAUGAAGAUGCCUCAAUAAAAUAUUAUCGUUCGGAGCUGCAUUUUUUGUGAUAAAAAAGUCGCCGUAACUUGUCAUAGACAACGCGUUGAACUUAAGGGUUUAUUAUUUUUGGUGUAUAAAACCCUAUGACGUUAAAAAAAAAGAUUAAUAACGGUCUACAAUUAUCAAGAUAAGAUCUUUGUACAUAUGCCAUUGAGCAACUGCUUAAGGGGAAAAGGGAGAACAUUUGAAAGUUGCUCCCGAUCAAGCACCGUUAGAAAAAAACGUUCAUUUAGAGUUAGAAACAGCUUUCUAGUAUUGCUGGCGAGAAACCAGGUCAUCUACUAAAAAACGCUUGGACCCGUCAAUUUUAUUUUUUAGAGGGAAACAUUGUUUUGGCAGUUUCACCCUCUAAGCGGAAACCCUCUAUUGGGGGUAAGACUUACCAGUUAUAUCUUAAAUGGAAAGAUUGGUCGAAUGAUAAGUUAUUUUGAAUGUAUUUUUACCUAGAUAAUAACCCCCGCUACUAUCUAUGUAGCCCAUACAGUGGCUCACCAAAAGUACAAAACCGGUUUAACAUAAUUUUUACAUUGUUAAUAAAAAAAAAAGGAAUUCUUUGUAACAAUUUUACUUUUAUUCCUGUGGCUUUCAAUUAUUCUUAUUAGAUGACAUUCUUUGGUCGCCGUAAAGUAGUUAGGUUUAGUUUAUUUCGUUGUUGAGUCGGCAUAAAAGUGGCAUAUCAGUGAUAAUGGUUUACUCUAUUGCUGAAAGGGUGCAAAUAAUUUAACUAUUUAACAAUCAACAUCAAAAUCGACAAGUCCAUCGAAACUACAUUUUGGAGUUAGUCUUAACAUUUUGGAAAACUGAGUCAGUAGCUAACAAAUAACGUGAAAUGGAAAAUUCUAUAGUAAAUGAAGCUACAGAGGUGGCGAUUUUAGGACAUGUUGUUCAAGAACCCAUAUUGAGUACAAGACAGUUGGCGAUAACAUCUGGUAUUAAGAGACGUAGUAUUCAGAAGAUAUUGAAAAAACACAAGUUUUAUUCCUACAAAAUACAUCUGGUCAAAGAACUUAAUGAAGAUCAUUUUGAUAGGCGAUUACAAUUUUGUGAAAUUAUGACUGAACGGGUAUUAAAUGAUCAGCAAUUUCUUUUCAACGUGUGUUAUUCAGACAAUGCACCUUUUUUCCUAAAUGGUUCGGUAAAUCGUCACAAAUGUCGUUAUUGGUCCGAUUCAAAUCCCAGAAUAUUUCAUGAAGUGUAUACGCAACAUCCGGAAAAACUGAAUGUUUGGGCUGACAUUUUUGGUAACCGUAUAUUGGGCCGCUUUUUUACCAGAAACUUUAACCGCAGAAAUGUAUCUGGAAUUAUUAGAUAGCGCUAUUUAUCCAACAUUACUAGAGAUGAUUGAAAAUGACCAUCAAUACAUAGCAAACAACUUAAUAUUCCACGAUGACGGUGCGCCACUGUUCGUCAGUAUUUGGAUCAAACGUUUCCAGGAUCGGAAUAAGAGGAAGUAUUAAGUGGCCCCCACAGUCUCCGGAUCUAAGCCCGUUGGAUUUUUUAUGAGGCCACUUAAAAAUUAUGCCACACAGCCAACAUCUCUGGAAAAUCUGCGACAACGGAUAAUUGAUUAAUGUCAUCAAAUCACCCCAUAGAUGAUUCAAAAUGUUCGAGAGCAUUUUGAACAAAACCUCUAUUAUUGCAUGGAGGCCCAGGGUCAGCAUUUCUAGUAUUUACUCGAGUAACUGGUAGGCUUUUACAGAAAAUAAAAAUCGUUAAGAGAUCAUGGCUAGGAAGACAGUAGCGAUUUAAAACUUGGGGGUUAUAAUCUAUGUAAAAAUACCUUCAAAAUACCAGUGAUGGCUGCACCGAGCAUAUAUGGUUGCCAGAUAUCCCGUUUUAGGUGGAAGUCUCUAGCCUAUCCAGCAAUUGCCAGUUAACAAUACUUUUUUUUUUAAGAAAAUUUUCAUAAAAUCAACUUUAAAAUAGCUUUUUAAAAAACCGGUGGUGCCUUUAAGUGAAGUGUGGAUGGUGGGGGGCAUCCCCCAUUUUCUGCAUAGAAGCCGGGCACCCAAAGCGAUUUUUGAAUUCCGCCGCCUAUGUCCAUGAGAUGUAAUUUAUAGACAUGCAAAUGUCCAUAAAUAAUAGUAAUUAUAUAGCAAAUUAUUAAAAAAUUACGCCAUUGUGGCUAAUAGUACCGUUUAGAUAUUUAAAAUUAAUUUUUUUAAGGUGUAUUCAAUAUCCCAUGGACAUCCACUUGAUGUAAUUUUUGAUUUUACUUUCUAAGUAUAGAUGGCGAUAUCACUUUCGCUCGUUGAAUAUCUACUCAUGCUCAACCCGCUGUAACUGAGUUCGAUCGAAAUUGGUAUCGCAAUCAGACUCUAUUAGAGACUGGAGUCGAGAAUUUCCAUUUAUUGCUGAAGAGUCCUAAGGAUGACUUUCUCCUUAUCAAGCAAAAUCAAAGGCAGAGUGUUGAAAAUAUUUUGAGUGUUGAAAAUAUUUUUUAUCUCUGCUAUUUUCUUUCGACGUUAUUCAAAAUCAUUGGUUACUUAUGAACCUCUACUAAAUAUACCCAUAAAAUAUUUUGCUAAAUAUCUUCUAUAUCCUGGGAUAUAGACGAACAUUUGGAUAUCCAUAUUAGAUCCACUGGAUAUAUUGGAUAUCCACAAAAUAUAUUCUGUGGAUAUCUCUGGGAUUUCUUGUAUUGUCUGGAAGAUACCCAUUAGAUAUUUUGCUGGAUAUCCAUAGGAUUUUUUUUGCUGUAGCAACAAAUAUCAUGUUCGUAAACCUCAAGGUCUAGUAUAUCAUGAAUAUAAUACUAGAACAAAAUGGCGUUAUUUAGCUCCAUUAAUGUUCAAAGUGAUUUCACAGAGAUCAUUUUCCUAUUUCGCACCCAAACUGUACAAUAUAAUUCCUAAAAGCAUUCAAACUGAAUCAAACUUGUACACUUUUAAAAAAAGACUAAAACAGCUAACUCUCGCAGUAUGAUCCAUGGUUAUUUUGAAAAUUAAACAUUAUCCCAAAAAAAAAUGAUUGUGCAGGUUUUUAAGUUUUUAAGAUUUUAGAUUAUAGAUUUUAAAUUUUUGACUUUUUUAUAUUAAGGAG